UUGUCCAAGGCGCUUAUUUGCUCCCAGACGAAAAAAAGAGAACUUCCUGUCUCCACAGUCUCUCCAAAAAUGGCGGACAUGUGUGGUCAAGUGUUGUUGGGAUCAGGACUCACCGUCCUCUCCCAUCCUUUGAUGUACAUUAAAGUCCUGAUCCAGGUAGGACACGAGCCGCUCCCUGCCACCCUGGGCCGGAAUUUAUUUGGCAGACAUGUCUACCAGCUCCCUGGACUGUUUGCUUAUGCAAAACACAUCGUUAGGAUUGAUGGGAAAGCUGGUCUCUUCAAAGGGCUUGGUCCAAGGCUCUGUGCAGGCACUGUUGGCACAGUCGUACACAGCAGAGUUUUACAGAAAUGUCAAGAACACGGCACCCCUCAGAUACUGGGUGGGCAACAGAAGGCUGCGGAGGGCUCUCUACAGCAUGUUGUUAAUGAGACAACCAAAGAGAUGAUUGCUCGUUCCUGUGCCACCAUCGUCACACAUCCCUUCCACGUGAUUACUUUGCGAUGUAUGGUGCAGUUCAUUGGAAGAGAAACAAAAUACAGUGGGGUGUUUGAUUCCAUCGCCACAGUCUACAGAGAAGAGGGCAUUCUGGGCUUCUUCGCUGGUUUGAUUCCUCGCCUGCUGGGUGAUGUCCUGUCGCUGUGGAUUUGUAACUUGCUGGCUCACCUUAUCAAUACCUACGCCAUUGAUGACUCGAUGAGUCACACAGGAGAAAUCAAGAACUGCUCUCAGGCUGUGACAGGGUUCUUUGCUAGUAUGCUCACCUAUCCUUUUGUUUUGGUGUCAAACUUAAUGGCAGUCAAUAACUGCGGGCUUGCUGGAGGCCUACCUCCCUAUGCAUCAGUAUAUCCCACUUGGGUGGACUGCUGGAGGCAUCUUAGCAAAGAGGGCAACAUGAGCCGGGGCAACAGUUUAUUUUUUCGAAAGCUUCCAGCAGGAAAGACGUACGCAGUCGACCAGAAGAGAUUUUUUUAAAGCAUCAGGAGAGCUGAGCUGAACAUAGUUAAUAUUGCCUGAUGUGGGGGUUGGGCUGUUGGCUUUCUGUAUGCACUUGUUUACUAUGAGCUCUUUUUUUGUUAUGUUUUUUCUUAACAGCUUGACAUCUUGUAAAAUAAACAUUAGUUUCUAGUUGACUUCAGAAAGAUUCUGUUUAAUUAAAGUAAACAGAUUAAACAGCCGAGCUCUUAGACGGUGAGUUUCUGUACAUAUUCUCCCAUAUGUACAAAAACUAAAGAAAGGACAGCUCAGACUGCAAGGCAAUCUACCUGCAUAAUGUUAUGACAGACCAUUAGUUAAUUUCCCCUUCAGAUAUUUUUUUCUUUUUGUUUUUUAAAUAGGUGAUCUGUUGAUUUAUAAAGUACCUUACAUCACCUGGGAUAUGUUUAUUGAAAACAGCAUUUUGGUCUACAUUUGGUGUUUAACACCUGACAUGUUAAUGAUCACGUGGGAUCUUUUGUCAUGUGGUAUUGUAUUGAUGUAAUUGUUCUAAAACUGAUUGAUUGCUGGGAGCAUGUGUAAAGGUAAUGAAAAUGAGGUAAUAGAGGUGGUAGUUGUUCUGGAACAUAUAUGAUGGUAAGAGGUGUGGAGAGGAGCCUGAGCUGACUAAACUCUGUUAAAAAAUAAAAGUACUUCAGCUCUUGAUUGACCCAAAUAAAGAAAAGGAGAAAAAAACAAAAAAACCCAAAACACUUUUGACCUUGUCUUCCCUGUAAAAGGUCUUUGGGGGAGUAUUUGGGAAGUAUUUGUACAGAUGCUAACUGACAGUAUAACACUGUUUGUAUGUACUGCUGCAGAGCCAACACUGUACAUGUAACACUGUACCCAGUACUCAAUACAACCUUUAUGACCGCUUUUGAUCAGA